AUGUCGUCUCUUCUGCGAUCUACCAAGUUUGUGCGAUACUUUGCUGGUGCGGCUAGAACACUUAUAUUAAACUCUGCAAAAACAGCUGAAGCUAAUACUUUACUGAAUCCUAAAUCACUAUGUGCUGCCAACAGCAUUUUACUGAGAGACUAUGCAACAAAAAAAUCUGAAAACUUGGAGCCAUUGCUUCAAAGAUUGGAUUCGGAAGUUAGAAGAAAUGGAAGAAUAACUAAAAGGGACAUAGAUGAAGUGUUUGAUGAAAUCAGAGCAAAACAUGACAUUACAAGCUCACAAUCUUUACUUGUUAUUAGAUGUUGUGGUGAGCUGGUACCAGAAGAGUUACCAGAACAGAGAACUCUAUUAGUUCAGAAAAUAUGGAAUGUCCUAAAUGAGAGAGGUGUACCCAUGGAUGUCUCCCAUUACAAUGCUCUCCUGCGUGUUUAUUUGGAAAAUGAGCAUGCAUUUUCUCCUGCCCAAUUCCUUGAAGAAAUAGAGAGGAAGGGCUUGCAACCAAACAGAGUCACUUACCAACGUCUCAUGUGGAGGUAUUGUCAAGAAGGAGACGUAGAGGGUGCAACUAAGGUUCUAGAAAAAAUGCGGGAGCUAAACAUGCCUGUGUCUGAACCUGUAUUAAAUGCCUUAGUCAUGGGUCAUGCAUUCCAUGGUGACACAGAAGGGGCUAAAGCUGUGUUAGAAACAAUGGCAGGUGCAGGCCUUACUCCAUCAAACCGUACCUACACUUUAUUAGCCUGUGGCUAUGCAAAAGAAGGUGAUAUUGAAAGUAUAAAUAAGGUCAUCGCUAUGGCUGAAGACAAAGAUGCGCCUUUGUCAGAUAAGGAUAUAUUAGAUAUUGUAGAAUAUUUAGCAAUUGGCGGUCAUGAGAAUAAAGUUGAACAGUUGUAUACACACAUUCGUAAAAGUGUGGGUUACAAUCAAGAUGUAUGCAAUCUUAUCUUAAGACUCCUAAACCAAGGCUGUGAUACAACUGCUAAAAGUAUAAUGAAAACCAUGUCAGCAUCGGUGAAUAUUGACGAGACCGGCAAUUUCUUCAAAGGCUCUUUUUACGUGAAGCAUUUAAUCAAACUAAACCGACCAGCAGACUCUAUCAUUAAAUCAUGCAAAGAAUUACAAGAAGAAGCCUUAGUGCCUAAAGCAUUACUAAUUGCUACAGAAGUUUCGUUACAGCAAGGUAAAACUGAACUGGCAUAUAAACUGUUUAAUGAAUUGAAAAUGGACGGCUUUGAAAUUCGCCAACACUACUAUUGGCCUCUGUUAACUCAAAAAGGAAAGGAAGGCGAUGAAGAGGGUCUUCUACAAAUUGUUCGAACCAUGACUACCGAAAACCUGUCCCCUUCUGGUGAAACUCUCAGAGACUAUAUCAUACCGUACUUGCUAAAGAAGGAUUCGCCACAGAACGUUAUAAUUAAACUUCAAUUAGCAAAUGUACCCGUUUUCCACAGUGCAAGAAAUGUAAUUGUGGAACUUUUACGAAAAGACAAUAUAGAAGCCGCAGCCGAAAUCGCGUUACGGUACCGACCGAAAGGUGGAUUUUCUAUUAUCAGUCCAAUGUUAAUUAACGCUUUAACUAACACUAAAGAUAUUGAUUCCUUUGCCAAAAUUGUUCAUGUUCUGAGUAGCCGUCAACCAAAUACAGAAGAAGAUACGCCUGAUGAUGGUCCAGAACGAAGCAUGGUUAACGAAGUAGGGCGUGUUGUUAGACAAGCCAUUAAAGCUUUGAAUAAAAGUGGAUUAUCAGAAAAUAUCCUGCAAGCCGUGUUAGAUAGGGGACUGCGUAUAGACGUAGCGUCGGCUGAAGAGAUAGAGCAAAUAAUUGGAGAUAACAUGACAACAGACAUUUCAAAGUUACUAUCAAGUUUAACGUCUUCAGAUCUCGAAUCCGCGCCGCUAGAAGCAUCCAAACUACCAAACAAUAAAAAAAAAAUUAAAUUCCCAACAACUGGAGAAUCUAAUUAA